UCUUGUCUACUUUCAAUUUCUGAAACAAUACAACGAUGCACAGGUCAUCUCCGCCGUUGAUGGCGGCACAUCUCCGGACCCUCCUCCGCCGCCGCCACUUCUCCUCACCACCACCACCACCGUCGCCGGCGCCACCGUUGCAAUCAAUCCACCCCCAUAAACCCUACUUUUUUUCCACACCCUCUUCACUUUCAUUCCCCAAAUUCUUCUCUUCACAAACCCACAUCCAAGAUUCACAACACAUUGCUCAAUCAAUCUCACAUGAACUUUUAAAAGACCCAAAUGACCAAUCUACCCCUCUACCCAGCCGCCUUGAUUUAAGCUUCUCUCACAUAACCCUAAACCCUAAUAUCAUUCUCACUGCACUUAAUCUCUCCCCAGAUGCUGGACGCACGGCUCUUGAUUUCCACAAAUGGGUUUCAACAAGAUCUGAUUUUGAGCUUACAGACGAAUCUUUAGCUUAUUUUGUUGAGUAUUUUGGCCGGAGGAAAGAUUUCAAGGCGACCCAUGAAGUUCUUGUUGCAAGUAAAGAAAUUUCAGGUGCGAAAACUUUUGAAGCGGUUGUUGAUAGGUUGGUUAGGGCUGGUAGACCCACACAAGUGGUUGCAUUGUUUGAAAAAAUGGAAAUUGAUUAUGGGUUUGUGAGGAAUAUGGAUUCUUUGAAGGUUGUUGUGUCUAAGCUGUGUGAUCAUGGGUUUGCUAGUUAUGCUGAAAAGUUGGUUACUAGUGUGGCUAAUGAGUUUUUCCCAGAUGAGUUUAUUUGUGAUACUUUAGUUAAAGGUUGGUGUGUUGAUGAGAAACUUGAUGAGGCUAGGAGGUUGUCACAGGAAAUGUAUAGGGGUGGGUUUGAAAUCGGGUCGGUUGCGUACAAUGCGAUUCUUGAUUGUGUUUGUAAGCUUUGUAGGAAAAAGGAUCCGUUUCGGCUUCAAUCUGAAGCAGAGAAAGUUUUGAUUGAUAUGGAUGUUGCCGGGGUUCCGAGAAAUGUGGAGACUUUUAAUAUCUUGAUUAAUAAUUUAUGCAAGAUUCGUAAGACCGAAGAGGCGAUGAAUUUGUUUGAUCGGAUGGGGGAAUGGGGGUGUCAUCCGAAUGAGGAAACGUUUCUUGGUUUGAUCAAGAGUUUGUAUCAAGCUGCGAGAAUCGGUGAGGGAGAUGAAAUGAUUGAUAAAAUGAAAUCAGCUGGAUUUGGUGAUAAACUCGAUAAGAAAGCGUACUUUGAGUUUCUCAAGAUUUUAUGCGGAAUUGAAAGGAUUGAUCACGCGUUAGCUGUUUUUACAAAGAUGAAGAAAGAUUGUGAGCCCGGGGUCAAGACUUAUGAUCUUUUGAUGGGGAAGUUAUGCGCUCAUGGGCGUGUAGAAAAGGCGAAUGCUCUUUUCAAAGAAGCUGAAAGUAAGGGGCUGCCGGUAGAAGUAAAAGCUUAUAAAUUGGAUCCAAGAUUCAUGAAGAAACCUAAAGUGGUGAAAGCAAAGAAGCGAGAGACGUUGCCAGAAAAGAUGGCGAGAAAGAGGAGAACGCUGAAGAAGAUCAGGUUGAGUUUUGUGAAGAAGCCGAAGAAAACGCAAAGACGGGCUUAUUAAGCGUUUUAAAAGAGUCUUUAUCGGUAUGGUGAUCUUGUUAUCAUUGAACUUAUUAUGUUUGGCUUCUUGUUUCCGUUUUUGCUGUUUGGUAAAACGUUAGACAAAACCUAGAGUUGUUACAAAUAAACUUCGAAAUAGGUUUGAGAUGUUAUAAACUCAAGAUAGAUUUUCUAAGUUGCUUUUUAAACAUUGUUCUUUAAAGAACUUUUGACCA